UUUGAGCAAACCAACGUAACGUUAUCUGUUUAUUCAGAAGCUAAGUUAAGGCUUCAUUUUCACAAAUUUCGUACACAUUCCACCUUUACUUUAUUGUUAAAGAUGGAGUGGGCAAGUCAGUUAUGCGAGAACAGACACAUUGGAUCCAAGAUGACCGACUCAAAGUACUUCACUACUACCAAAAAAGGUGAAAUUUUUGAGCUGAAAGCAGAGCUUAAUAGUGAUAAGAAGGAAAAGAAGAAGGAGGCAGUGAAAAAGGUGAUCGCCUCUAUGACUGUGGGGAAAGAUGUCAGUGCCCUCUUUCCUGAUGUAGUGAACUGCAUGCAAACCGACAAUCUUGAACUGAAGAAAUUAGUUUACCUGUACCUGAUGAACUAUGCCAAGAGUCAGCCGGACAUGGCCAUUAUGGCUGUCAACACAUUUGUGAAGGAUUGUGAAGAUCCCAAUCCCCUGAUUCGUGCUUUGGCUGUGCGCACCAUGGGAUGUAUUCGUGUGGAUAAGAUCACAGAGUACUUGUGUGAGCCUUUAAGGAAGUGCUUGAAAGAUGAGGACCCAUAUGUGAGGAAGACAGCUGCUGUGUGUGUUGCUAAACUUCAUGACAUAAAUGCCCAGCUGGUGGAAGACCAAGGGUUUUUGGACACUCUGAAGGACCUCAUCUCUGACUCCAAUCCCAUGGUUGUGGCAAAUGCUGUGGCAGCACUAUCUGAGAUUGCAGAAUCCCACCCAAACAGCAACCUGCUUGACCUCAAUCCCCAAUCUAUCAACAAGCUGUUGACCGCUCUGAAUGAGUGCACUGAAUGGGGGCAGAUCUUUAUCUUGGAUUGCCUUGCAAACUACACACCUAGAGAUGACCGUGAAUCUCAGAGUAUCUGUGAGCGGGUCACCCCACGCCUAUCACAUGCCAACUCUGCGGUGGUGUUGUCGGCUGUAAAGGUGCUAAUGAAGUUCAUGGAAAUGCUGCCCAAGGAUUUAGACUACUAUGGCACACUUCUGAAAAAGCUGGCCCCACCACUGGUCACCCUGUUGUCGGCUGAACCUGAGCUACAGUAUGUGGCCUUGCGCAACAUCAACCUCAUUGUGCAGAAACGCCCUGAGAUUCUCAAGCAUGAGAUGAAAGUGUUUUUUGUUAAAUACAAUGACCCUAUUUAUGUCAAACUGGAGAAGCUGGAUAUCAUGAUCAGGCUGGCAUCCCAGGCCAACAUUGCACAGGUUCUGGCUGAGCUAAAGGAGUACGCCACAGAGGUUGAUGUGGACUUUGUGCGGAAAGCAGUGAGAGCCAUUGGUCGCUGUGCAAUUAAAGUGGAGCAAUCAGCAGAACGUUGUGUCAGCACACUGUUGGACCUCAUCCAAACCAAAGUCAACUAUGUGGUUCAAGAGGCCAUUGUGGUCAUUAAGGAUAUCUUCCGCAAGUAUCCUAACAAAUAUGAGAGCGUUAUUGCCACAUUGUGCGAGAACUUGGAUUCUCUGGAUGAACCCGAGGCACGGGCAGCCAUGAUCUGGAUUGUUGGCGAGUAUGCUGAGCGGAUUGAUAAUGCAGAUGAGCUACUGGAGAGCUUUCUUGAGGGUUUCCAUGAUGAGAGCACUCAGGUGCAGCUGCAGCUCCUGACAGCCAUUGUGAAACUCUUUCUAAAGAAGCCUACUGAGACACAGGAACUUGUACAGCAGGUGCUAAGUUUAGCCACUCAGGACUCUGACAACCCUGACCUUCGUGAUCGUGGAUACAUCUACUGGCGCCUGCUCUCUACUGACCCUGUGGCAGCCAAGGAGGUUGUGCUCGCAGAAAAGCCUCUGAUCUCAGAAGAGACAGAUUUAAUUGAGCCCACCCUGCUUGAAGAGCUUAUAUGCCACAUCGGCACUCUUGCUUCUGUCUACCACAAACCACCCAGUGCCUUUGUUGAGGGCAGCCGUGGUGUGCAGCACAGAAGGCUCCCUGCACGUGCUGGCUCAGGUGAGAGUUCCGAGAGCCCAGAUGUUGGUCAGCCAGUUGGAGCGGUGCCUGACACUCCUCCUGCUGUCAUUCCCUCUCAGGGUGACUUACUUGGCGACUUGCUAAAUCUUGAUCUGGCACCACCGACCUCUUCUGCUCCCACUGUGACCCCAUCCAUGCAGAUGGGCGCCAUGGACCUCCUUGGGGGUGGCCUUGACAGUCUGAUGGGGGAUGAAUCAGAAACGCCUCACGUUCCAUCUCGGAUGGAGACUCAGUCACCGCAGUCACCCUCAGAAUGUAGUCACCCUGAGCUUGGGGGAGAUAUUGCCGGGAGUCCUGCGAUGGGCGCUGGUCUGGCAUCAGCACCUGUUGUGAUGCCAGCAUCUCUUGGUGCUCCUGUGAGCAGCGGACUGGAUGAUCUUUUUGACUUGGGCGGGGGUGUUGGUAUGCCAACAGGAGCUUUUGUAGUUCCAAAAACUAUAUGGCUUCCUGCAAUGAAGGCAAAGGGUCUUGAGAUUUCAGGCACAUUUGCUCGCCGUGCUGGUGUCAUACAGAUGGAGCUCUCCCUCACCAACAAGGCCAUGAGUGUCAUGACAGAUUUUGCUAUCCAGUUCAACAGGAAUAGUUUUGGAUUAGCCCCUGCUGGGCCUCUUCAGGUCCUCACUCCCCUUAGCCCAAAUCAGACCACUGAGAUCAGCCUUCCCCUCAGCAACGUUGGACCUGUCAUGAAGAUGGAGCCCCUCAACAACUUGCAGGUGGCUGUGAAGAACAACAUUGAUGUCUUUUACUUCAGCUGCCAGUACCCUAUCAGCAUCCUUUUUGUGGAGGAAGGGAAAAUGGAGCGUCAGGUGUUUCUUGCCACCUGGAAGGACAUUCCCAAUGACAAUGAAACUCAGUACCAGAUAAAAGACUGUCACCUCAACUCAGAUGCUGCAACCACUCGACUACAGAGCAGUAACAUUUUCACCAUCGCCAAACGGACAGUAGAGGGGCAGGACAUGCUGUACCAGUCCAUCAAGCUUACCAAUGGUAUCUGGGUGCUUGUUGAACUCAGAGUGCAGACUGGUAGUCCCAAUUAUAUGCUCUCAGUGAAAUGCAGAGCACCUGAAGUCGCACAGCUUGUGUACCAGUGUUAUGAAAUGGUGCUGAAGAACUGAACCAGCUGUAAGAUUGAUCAGAGAUGACCUCACCAUUCAGCAUGCAAAGAAAAAUGACUUGGCCCAUCCCUGCAUAAAUAUUUUCUCUAUGUUGCAGUGUACUCUGGCUUUUCAAACACAUUUUAAUCUCUUGAUCACUUUGUGUUCUUUAAAACAAAUCAGGUUGUUCUUAUGAUUUUAGACUUUUUUUUCUGACCAUGAUAUGCUAGUUUGAAACUCCUUUGUAUUGUUUUUCACAACCAUCAGAAUCAGUGUUUUCAUUUUUCCCUGUUUCCCCAUUUAGGUUUAACUUCAUGGUUUGGGAUACCUUUUAGCUAGUCAGUUGAUGCAUAUAAGAUCCCACAUAUUUCUCUUACAGAGCAACACUUUGACAAUUUGGUAUUUCUGUUGUGCUCAAGUUUAAUUCAAGUAAGUUGUUAAUGUGCAUGUUUUGUCAGCCUUAGCAUUAGGGCCCCAUUUCCAUGUGAGCCUUUAGCUCUAAUUCAGUAGUAGGGAAAAUCUUUAGAUUUUACUUUUAAAGGGACUGGUUUCCUUUUGGCCUUGUGAGAAACACUAAUAAUAACUAUUAAAUAUUGUUUUUCGUAUAGCAUUUCCUUGUUGACCAUUUUGCAACUUCCCACAUGUAACUGAAGUGGUUGUGUGCACUUACUUGUUUGUAAAGUGUGUGCUAUCAUCAGUUUCUCACUUUUGGAUAUUUGGAUACCAGAUCCCCCACCUCUUCUCACUUUUGAAUCAUUCCAAUUUGUAUCCCUUAGUUUAUGUUCAUAUCAGAUAUGAUGUGACUACAGUAUAUUGGUAUUCCUGGGACAGGCCCUUCCAUUCCUGUUCUUGUGAAGACAAGACACUACCUUUUUCACAGACUGUGUUAGGCUAAAAAGCACCAAUAGGCAACAAAGCAUCAAUGGAAUACAACCCUUGACCUAUCAGUCAUAUUACAGAUUCAGCCAGUGAAAUGAAAAGCAAAAUACACACCAAAAUGAGUUUUCAUAUUUCCUUUAUUUCCUUAAAUUCAAAGUAGAUGAGAGAAUAUGAAACUUUGAAUUUUAAUAUAGGAAUCAAAAGUACAAUAUUGCUGUAUGGAAAUCCUCAAUAGAUAAUGUGGUCUGAAAUGUCCAUUAUUUUCAUGUUCAUGAUCUGUUGUGUGUAAUAAAAUAUGAAAUUAA